AUGGCGGAGCUCGACACCCUCCUUCAGUCCGUCCUAACCGACACGGAACACCUGAAAGCUGUCUUCGUGACCGACAAAGAUGGUGUCAUCCUCGCCAAAGCGGUAGACCCAGGGUUCUCGGACCACAUUCUCGAACCGGCUUUCUCGGCUACCUUUACUGUUGCGAGCGAUCAGUCCAGCAAACUCGGUCUAGGCCGCAACAAGAUGAUCAUCUCCACCUUUGGGGACGACCAGCUGGUGCAAUUCAACCACUCGCCGCUACUGCUGACCUUCUUGGCGUCCGUGGAGGCCAAUACCGGUGUGCUAAUAGCCCACGGAACGGACCUGGCGGAACCCAUGCGCAUUGUUGCGGAAUCGGUCGCGAGGGCUGUGCAUGUUGAAUCCAAGAAGGAGUUUGUGUAA